AAAUGUAUUAAUUUGGGUUGCUAGAUUUAAUUUAAGGAGCUAUAAGCAGUUUGUGGAGUCCUACAUUAGCCUCAUCAGUUUAUUUUGUCAUUGGAUUAUUCUCUGUAUUGAGAGAUGGCUGAUAAAGAUAAGAUGAGUCUAUGGCUAUGCUUACCAGAGAGCAUUGUAGUCAACAUCUUCUCAUACCUUACCUCGAAUGAACUGCAGAGGGCAGGCUGCUCCUGUCGGACUUGGCUUAGGAUUAGCCAUGAUGAGCUUCUUUGGAAGAAUUUGCUGUACAGAGAAUGGAAAAUCAAUAGAGCGAUCCCUCUUCCACCUGGCCAUUCUUCAUAUUACCGGGAAUUCCGGAGACUACAGUAUCGAGUUCCUACAGCAUGCUUACAGGAACUGACUGAUCAUAAUGACCAGGUUCUACAUGUCAGCUUCUCACACAAUGGAAAACUAUUUGCAUCUUGCUCUAAAGAUGGAACCAUUAAGGUUUGGAAGAGCGGUCCACCAGCAAGUCUCAAGUAUUCACAGAAUAUGAAGGAACAGUUUAGAUGGCAAUUCACUCAGUUCUCUCAGUUUAACAGUAGCGAUUCUCUGUUGCUGGUAUCAGGGGUACACUUUGGCCCAAAUAGUACAUCAGGGGAGAUUGCCGUCUUCAACCUCAAAGAAGACUUUGCACUUCAAGCAAGAGUACAGAAUAAACCAUAUGAUAUCUUUGGAUGCUGGUUAAACAAUGCCUAUCUAUUAUCCGGCAACCUCCAUUAUCUAGGACAGCUUUCAUCUUGUUCUGCUCUCUGGCUCAACAGAGCUACUCAAGAGGCUGAUUCAGAGCAGGAAUCUGUGGUGAUGAGGUUGUUCAAGUUCCUGAACAUGAAUGCCAGCACUGUUAGGGGUAUCACUGUAGCUAACUGCAGAAACCUUGGCAAGGGAAAGGAAGUACUGUUAAAACAAUUACAAGUAGAAAGCAGCAGAGAAGUGAAGAAAGAAGGAGAGACUGAGCAGAUGAGUGAGGAGCAGAGUACAGCAAGCAGGAUAGUAAGCUCCAGUGAAAGUGAACCAGAUAUUAAAGUGAGUAGUGCAUGUGAAAGUGAUACUGAGCUGACAGCCAGUGAACCUGAUUCUGAACAGAGAAGACUUCACCAUCAAGACAAAGAUGAUCAAAAAACAAGAUCAGAGUAUGAUACAGAGGAUAUAGCAGCUGACAGUAAAUCUCAAGUUGAUAUGCUAGAUGAUACAUUACAAUCUGAGAUGGAAGUUAGGGAAUCUACCUGUGGCAAGUUAAACAAAAUAUCUAAACAAAGCUCUAAGUCAAUCAAACACAAAUCUGUGGCUGACAUGUACUCCAGAAAUCAUCCAUUAAAACGAGAAGCAAGUGAUUCAUCAGUGACCCCACCUGGCUCAUUUCGUAAGAGUUUACGCAAAGAUGGUGAGAGACGUAAUGCUGCUAAGACAAAGUGUGAUCCCAAUGUAGCUGAUCAAUCAAGCGAUACAGAGACCAGUCACAGCAGAUUGUGGUUUAGGGUUCGCAACGCAGAAGUGAGACGUGGUCGGCAGAACGUUGAUGAGGACUUGAUGAAGAUAUUGAUAUAUGGGGUAGAACCAGCGUGUCCAGAAGAGGUUCAGAGGGUUCCUAGACAUUCUCCGGGAAGAAUCAUCGGUGGUCCUUCUACAAGUCAUUGUGACCAGCACAGUUUAAGAACAGAAGAAGUCCUAUCUGGGGUCGGUUCACGAUGUAGCUCUACAGACACUGUCCUAUCUAGUACAGAUACUGACUAUACCUCAUUAACAUUUGCAGGAGAAAGUGGAAGUGGAAGUGACAUCGUACGAGCCUGGGGUAAAAAGUUUACUUUUGGCAGCACAGAGAGUUUAGAUGAAGAAUCUCUCGUUAAAUUAGCAUCAGAAUCAAAACCAGGCCAAACAACAACCAAAAGGCCUGUGGCAUCAAAUGGAGAACAGGAGAAGGAAUUUAGUAAUAACUUAUCCAGCAGUAGCCAAUCAGACUCACAGGAGGUUAUUCAGAGAUCUAAAAUCAGGCGACGAAGGACAUUGCCAAAAGAAGACAGCCAGCAUAAGCAUCUGAUCUUCAUGAGAGGGGCUGUAGCCUACACACCUCACCAGAUAUGUAUCAAACACAUUAACUCAAGUAUGAUGGACACAGUCAAAGGACCAUUAGGUGUUAGUAAACAACUUGAUGAUGCAAGAUCAGGAGAAGUGCCCUUAGCUGCAGGACUAGCUGCAGUAGAUGAACCCAAUCACCCAAAUCCAAGACCUCAGCUAGACUUUGACAAGGUGGACCAUGUCAUAGACCUGCAUGGACAGAUCCUAGGACUCGCUUUAUCUCCAGAUCAUAGGUUUCUGUGCGUGAAUUGCCGUUCCUGGCCCAAGGACUAUCAUGUAGCAGAUGCCUUAGCCCCACCCCCCAUCGCACAGGAAAUAGAAGUGCGCAUGUAUGACCUUUACACCUUGAUGGAGGUCAAACGGUUCAGAGGUCAUAGGGCGUUUUCUCCCAAUGAUGAAUGUAACAUUAUCUUCCUGAGUGUCAGUGACCUGUAUGUUGCUAGUGGAGCUGAAGAUAGACAAGGCUACAUCUGGGACCGGCAUUAUGGUAUUCUCCUAGCUCGUCUACCUCAUACAGACAUGGUCAACUGUGUUUCAUUCAAUCCACUGGAUCCAGAGAUGCUCAUAUCAGCCAGUGAUGAUCAUACACUCAAGAUAUGGUAUUCUAAAAACAGGGUAGAGCAGAUGACCUCUUAAGCUCUUUGACAUACAGUGACCUUUACACAUAUGUACUACAUUCAGUAUAUCUUUGAUAUGAGAUUUAAAUGGGUAGCAUUAUAACUAAUCUUCAUCAAAGUGAGUGUAAUCAGUCAAGUGCAAAGUGCAAAGUCUCUCAAUGAAAUGGUACCCCAUUAGUCUCUACUAGAUUGAGCCGUUUCAAUUUAUAAACCGAGCCCCGACUGUAACCUUCGAGGCCCAAAUCCAUUUUCUCUCAACCGGUGAACCCAUACAUGUGGGGCAGUGGUACAUGUACAGAUUUUGCUGUGACUUUGUACACAACAACAAUUUCACUGUCAUGGGUCAAAAAGGGGUUAGAAUUUAGAUUUCAUUUUGAUUUGAUUUCAUGCCACAGUUCAUUCCUGUAAUAAAAGAUAUUGGUAUUCCUUUAUUUACGAUUCUAUUCAUCUAUUAAUGAAUUCCUGAUUUGUAAUAUCUACUUUUCUUUCAGAACAGUGAAUUUCUCUGAGUGUUAUUUCUGCUCAAACAUGUAUGGUCAUGAUCACAUGUGAUCAUACAUGUUUGAGAAGGAAAACACUCUGGGAAUUUCUCUUUUUUAGAAAUUAAACAGACUUUUAAAAACAGGAAUCCAACAAUUGAUAGAAAGUCUUAAAUGAAAUAGUGCAAUUAUCUUAUAUUACAGAAUGGAUUGUUGUCAAGAAAGUUUACAAAGUGUAAAAAGUCUAAUUCUAGCUCCCUUUUUGACCUGCACAAGCAAAGUGUUGUAUAUGUACAAAAUCAAUACAAAAUAUAUACUUGCUGCUUAUAAGUAUCAGCUUGCAUGGUGAUGUAGAUAUACAGUAAGCUUGC